CGGGCGAGUGGCGAGGUGAGAGCGUGGGAUGUGCGCUUUUAUGUCAAAGAAGGCUUUUUCCUCACAAGUGUGACGGUUUAUGUCGUGCCAGGUAUUUGUAGUACUCUUAUUGCAUCACUCACCAAAUCACUGAAGGCGAUUUUGAUGUUUUCUUGGGAUGUCAAAGGAAAGUAGAUGUCUCAGCAACUUCAGGGUCCUGGUAACUGCAGAAGGUGGUGUGGGCUGGAGAGGAGUGGUUGAUCUCUGAAAGCCUGACUCUUUAUCGUGGAAAAUGUCACAACUGUGGUUAAAGAAUGUCUGGAUGAACUGUGUGGUGGAAAGCUGAAUGCUGCUGAAACGUGUCAGCUGAAGAAAAUUUAGAUCUAGAUUGUCCACCAAAUGGAACAGCUGCCAGACCAAGUUUUUCCUUGCUGACCUGUUGACAUGCUUUAACUACAGAUUUCUGUGGAUACUAAAGCUCAAAACACAGUAUCAAUCUCACCAUGAUGCUUGAACAUCUAUAACUAACUACAGGAUUUAAAAAGGAAUCCAUCAUGGCUUAGUUGGCUUGACCUUUGGAAAAUUUAUAAUGUCCUCUGGAACCAGUAUCAGCAAAAAUCGGCAGGCUCCGAGCCUGCAGGGUGUUGACCCAGAAACAUGCAUGAUAGUGUUUAGAACACACUGGGCACAGGUUCUGAAGAUCUUAGAGAAGCAUGAUCCUUUGAAAAACACUCAGGCAAAGUACGGGGCAAUUUCACCUGAUGAGGCCAGCACUGUUCAGAAUUAUGUGGAGCACAUGCUGUUUUUAUUAAUUGAGGAACAAGCAAAGGAUGCCUCAAUGGGGCCUAUUCUGGAAUUCGUGGUCUCAGAAAACAUAAUGGAGAAGCUUUUUCUUUGGAGCUUACGACGAGAGUUCACUGAUGAAACAAAAAUUGAGCAACUCAAAAUGUAUGAAAUGCUAGUUACUCAGUCUCAUCAGCCUUUGCUGCAUCACAAGCCCAUCUUGAAGCCUUUGAUGAUGUUACUGAGUUCCUGCUCAGGAACAGCCACUUCAACAGUGGAAACAGAGUUGGUCAUCCUCUUGAACCAGCUUUGCUCUAUAAUAGCCAAAGAUCCCUCCAUUUUAGAACUGUUCUUCCACACCAGCGAGGACCAAGGAGCUGCCAAUUUUCUCAUAUUUUCAUUGCUGAUUCCCUUCAUCCACCGAGAAGGAACAGUAGGCCAACAGGCCCGUGAUGCACUGCUUUUCAUAAUGUCUCUGUCUGCAGAAAACAACGUUGUUGCAAACCAUAUAGCAGAAAACACCUAUUUUUGCCCAGUGCUAGCAACAGGACUUAGUGGCCUCUAUUCAUCUUUGCCUACAAAGCUGGAAGAAAGAGGAGAAGAGUGGCACUGUCUGAUGAAAGACGACUGGCUCUUGUCACCAGCCCUUGUACAAUUCAUGAAUUCCCUUGAGUUUUGCAAUGCUGUGAUACAGGUGGCACAUCCCUUGAUACGUAACCAGCUUGUGAAUUACAUUUACAAUGGAUUUUUGGUGCCAGUAAUGGCUCCUGCACUCCAUAAGGUGACUGUGGAAGAAGUGAUGACUACUACUGCAUACCUGGAUCUCUUUUUGCGUAGUGUUUCAGAGCCAGCCCUCCUCAAGAUUUUCCUCCGUUUUAUUUUGUUGCACCGACAUGAGAAUGUGCAUAUCCUAGAUACCCUUACUAGCAGAAUCAACACACCGUUCCGGCUCUGUGUGGUCUCCUUGGCAUUGUUCAGAACACUCAUUGGCUUGCAUUGUGAAGAUGUGAUGUUACAGCUAGUUUUAAGGUAUCUGAUCCCAUGCAACCACAUGAUGUUGAGCCAGCGAUGGGCUGUGAAAGAAAGAGACUGUUACUCUGUAUCUGCUGCAAAACUGCUGGCCCUGACACCAGUCUGCUGCUCCACUGGGAUCACCUUGACACUUGAAAGCCAAGGAAAAGAUUAUAUUCUGUGGACAAAAGCAGCACAAACUAAAGAUUCUGGUAGACGCUCUUCUGAAUCUACUUGCAUUGUGGAAUAUGGGAGAGCUGUGGACAUCAGCUACUUGCAGUACCUGGGGGAAGCUCAAGAAGCGAUCCUUCAGUGCCUGAAAGAUUGUAAGGUUUGGUCUGCCUUGUAUGAUGGAGUAAACCCUGAUCCAGACACCUUUAUCCAAACACUUGCUGAGGAUAACAGUACAGAUGUGGAACAUCCCAUGUUUCGCCUCCAGCAAAGGACACCUAGCAUGUGUAGUUCCUCUCAAGUAACUCCGUUUGGUGAGAAGAUGCAGUUGGAGCUAGAAUGGGAUGAUAGCUAUGACACAGGGAUUUCUCCUGGUUCUGAUGUGAGCUCGCCACAACCAUAUGAUGAUCUGGGAAGCACAGAGAUGCAGCCACCUGUACAGCCACCAAAACACAUUCAAGAAAUGAAAAAAAGUGCCAUCAUGCUCAUCAAAGGAUCUUACAUAGAGGAAUCUGACUUUCAGGAUGAUGUUAUGGUUUACAGGUUAUGUGCCCAGAAGGAUACUCAGGAUGAUGAUAACAUUAAGGAGAAAAUUUCCAAUGCAGCCAGAGAACAUGAGGUCCAAAGCCAGACUGUAGUCAAUGGGCCUCUUGCAAAGAGCCAGCUGGAAAUGGACUUGGAUGAGCACAGUAAGAGAAAUUCAAGCUCGACUCAAGGUGUAAUGAAAGAGCAAAUAAACCAGAAAAUGACUGAGAUUGAUCCACAGCCAGACUUAGAGUUGAAGCUUUCUCCUCAGGAGGCAGAUCAUAACUUAAGUGUAAGACUGCUGAGCACAGAUGGUGAGGAUUUCAUUGCACAGUACGACAAAAUUAUUAAGGAAUUGGAUCCAAACAGUGCAAGCUCGGAGGAGCAGAAGUUGGAUACUCCUGACCCUGUCUCUCCUGCAGAAGAGGAGGAAGACUUUGAGAAUUUCUCAGCAGACACCCCUUCUGCAGAGAGCAUGUCAUCUCCCUUUGGACUGAAGGAUGAUAUCUCUCCCAAGCAUGCUGCAAGGAGCCAGAGUGCUCCAUUUACAGGUCCUUUCAUCAGUGUAGUGUUGUCGAAGCUGGAGAACAUGCUGGAGAAUUCCUUGCAUGUAAAUUUGCUGCUUAUUGGGAUUAUUACUCAGAUGGCAAGUUAUCCACAGCCUCUUCUUCGCUCCUUUCUGCUCAACACCAACAUGGUGUUUCAGCCUAGCGUGCGGUCGCUUUAUCAGGUGCUGGCAUCUGUGAAAAACAAAAUUGAACAUUUUGCUUCCAUUGAAAAAGACUUCCCAGGUCUUCUCCUGGAGGCCCAACAGUACUUGCUUUUUCGUGUAGACAUGUCUGAUGACGCAGAAUUGCUAAACAAAGGUAAUGUCCAGCACAGCAACAACACAGGGAAAGGAAGGAACUUCUCUGAAGAUUACCCGGCUGUACGGCAGCCUUUCCUGGGACAAAAAGGAAAGAAAGGCCUGGCUCAUCCUGGCCUUCCUGUGCACGUGAGGAAUGCUGUACUCGCAGCUGCCCUUUUCCCGGAGUUCCUGAAGGAGCUGGCAGCUCUUGCCCAGGAACAUUCCAUUUUAUGUUACAAAAUACUGGGGGAUUUUGAGGAUUAUUAUUAGUAGGUUUUUUUUAAUAUGCUUUAAGAAAGCUUUUGGAGUUUAAACAGAUUUUUAAUGCAAAGCUGCUUACGAAAGAAGGUUGUACUUCAGUAUCUCCUGAAAAUACUUGAUUUGAAGGGGGAAGGAGGAGGCAAAAUGUUAUUUGACAUUACCUUAUAUUAGGCCUUAUAAUUUCCCUCUGUGCUGCAUAACUUAUUUGAGAGAUUUCCGAUACUGCUCUUACUGCAGCUUCCUACUUCACCUCCUCCUCUUUACACAGCUACCUUACUUUAGUGUUGCUGAUUUCCUGUUGAAUUUCUGCAAUAGACACUUGUAGGUUGGCUAAGAGAGGUGAACUUUUUAACUUUUUCUGUUCCAGAAAUACUCUUCUGGAUUUGUUAGAAGACAGUUUGUUUGGAAAAAUGUUGCCCCAUGGGGACAGUUCAGGGUAUAAAAAUACAUGCAAAAUCUGCACAAAACCCCUUUAUGUGAAGGGUUGUGCUUCUUCAUGUCUUUGUCCUCUUCACCCUUCCCUUUCUUGAAAUGGGGUUCUUACCAACCCACAUCUGAACACUCUUUUUAACUAGCAGCUCAGGUUUUUUUGAAUUCAAGUGAUCUUAUGUGUAUUAAACCCAUGACUAGCUGAAAGCAGGUGCUGGACCCUACACAUACCAUAUUGCCUUAUGUUGCAGGCAGAUCUGCAGCUAUCAGCUGUUGGUCUUUGAAGUCAAAUGAACUGUGUAAGUGGAUGUGGAUUGCAGACUGCCUGGAAUUUUCCUUGCAGUUUCUCAGCAUUCUUUGACAACUACUGCACUGCUACCUAAACUCUCAAGCAUGCCUUAUUUAGUAAGAUUUGCACAAAGUACAAAAGAAAAUGUUUCUAUGCACGCUGUAGUUAGUAUGUAGUUUGUUUUUAUGCUUAUUUUAAUAAGCUAAAGAAAGGUAUUAAAUAUCUUUCAGUAGUAUUAAAAGGACAGCAGGCUGGUUUUGUCUUAUUGUUUGUCUUUUUUAAUGAAAAGGUUGGCUUGUUCUUGAAAAAUUUUAUUGUUAUAAUAUUUUUGGUUAAGGGAAAGUUAAAUACUUUUUGUUUACUUUUAAUUUAGGUGUUGACUUUUCCUAAAAUUGCACUUUUGGAAUGGUGAGGGGAGGACCAGGCUAUUCACCAGCUGUAGGAAAGGAAGGAGUAACAGGGAAAGCUGUCUGCUGGUGACUAACUGCUUGAGAAAAUUCUCUUCUGUGAGUAAUGGGCUUCAUUAGAAGAACCCAAACAUGAUGAAUUGGUGCAUCACCACUGCAUUUCAUCUUAUCUUAGUAGCAUAAUUGUGCUUCCAGUGUGCUGUAGUUGGCUACAUGAAGAGGGGCUUAGUUCAAGAAAGCCUUAAAUCCCUUUGUCCAAGAAAGACACUAACAGUGACUCCAGGAAAUCUGAAGAAACGGAAAUCAGAAAAAACACUUGCAUACAUUAGUUCUCCUGCUCGUUGCAGUUCCAUAACGUGGGAUGCUCCAGUUAAUUGCAUCCUGAUUUUUGAAACACACUUUCUCAGAGAUUGCAAGGGAAAAGAACA